AUGGCCGCCCGCAUCCUGCACCGCCUGCGGCACGCGCUGGCCGGCGAAGGCGGCCGGGAGGAGCGGGCGCGUGGCAGCUCCGAGGCCGAGGACUUCCCGGAGAGCUCGGAGCUGGAGGACGACACGGAGGGGCUGUCGACGCGCCUCAGCGGCACCCUGAGCUUCACCAGCCACGAGGAGGAGGAGGAGGAGGAGGAGGAGGAGGAGGAGGGUGCUGGAGAGGAGCUGGGGGAGCCGCAGCAGCCGACGGGAGCGGCAGCGGGUGCUGAGGACGGAGGCAGGUGCUGGGGCCGGUGCCAGGGAGGGCCGGGGCGGCCCCCGGGACAGCAGCACCCUGGGGGGGACCCACGCGAUGAGUGUGGCCCUGCGGCAGAGCGUCCCGGCGGCAGCCUGCUGACCCGGCAGCUGCAGGAGCUGUGGAGGAAGUCGCGGGGCAGCCUGGCACCGCAGCGGCUGCUCUUUGAGGUCACCAGUGCCAGCGUGGUCAGCGAGCGCUCCUCUAAGUACGUGCUCUACACCAUCUACCUGAUCCGCUCUGGCCGGUUUGACAAGGCCCCCGCCGCCAUCGCCAGGCGCUACUCGGACUUCGAGCGGCUGAACCGCCGCCUGCGCUGCCGCUUUGGCUGCGACAUGGCCGGCAUCACCUUCCCCAGGAAGAGGCUGCGCCGGAACUUCACUGCCGAGACCAUCGCCAAGCGGAGCCGAGCCUUUGAGCAGUUCCUGUCCCACCUGCACUCCAUUGCCGAGAUCCGCCGCUCCCCCGAGUUCCUCGAGUUCUUCUUCCUGCAGGACCUGCGGGCCGCACAGCGCCUGACCUGCACCGGCAUGUACCGCGAGGCCCUGGCCACCUGGGCCAAUGCCUACCGGCUGCAGGACCGGCUGGGGGUCUGCGGCUCCGGCCGCUUCCUCCUGACGCUGGCUGGGCUGGCCGUCUGCCACCAGGAGCUGGACGAGCUGGGCGAGGCCCACGGCUGCUGCGAGCAGGCGCUGCAGCUGCUGGAGGCCCAAGGCAGCCACCCGCUGCUGGGGCCCUUCCUGCAGGCCCACGUCCACCUGGCCUGGAAGGUGGGCAAGGACAAGCGGCGCUCAGAGGCCCGGCUGCAGGACCUGCGGGAGGCCGGGCCGCCCCUGCAGCAGCAGCCCACCCUGAAGGAGUGCCUGAUCAAGGAGCCGCUGGAGUGAGCGUCCUGCCACGCUGGCGCCCACACUGGCAGGAGGCCGCGUGGGGCUCGUGCCUGGGGCAGCCGAGAGCAGCGAGGGCGAUGCCACAGGUGGGGAUGGGGCAGGGAGGCAGCGCUGUGCUCCGGUGCGCAGCAUGGCCCAUGCCCAGGAGCUGCCUUGAAAAUGCACUUUCUCUGUGGUUAGUCUGUCCCGUGGGGCUGGGUGCUCACGGGUGCUUGCCACCCGCACCGGCACUGCCGGGAGCCAGCUCCCUCACUGCGGUGGGCUUCUAGAGUGGACGGGACUUUAGCUGGGACAUACUGGCACUGCAUAAAGGAAUGGGACUGCUUCUGGCAGGAUCCGUGGCUCUUGCCAGGAACUUCCCAUAAAACUUAUAUAAUAUAAUAAAAAGGACUUUAUUUAAUGAAGUCUUGGUAG